AUGUCUUCGGAGCCUCUGGUGCCCGAGACGCGGGUCCUUGCGGUAGCAAGCCAUGUUGUCUACGGAUAUGUCGGAAACACAAUGGCAACGUUUGUCAUGCAGUCAUUGGGCUGUGAGGUCGCUGCGUUGAAUACGGUUCAUUUCAGCAACCAUACCGGCUACAAGCAGGUCAAGGGCACCAAAGCAACUGCUCAGGAAAUCCGCGAUCUCUAUCAGGGUCUCCAGCAAAGUUAUCUAACGGAUUUCGAUGUCUUGCUCUCCGGGUACGCUCCCAGUGCCGCGGCUGUCGAGGCUGUAGGCGAGAUCGGGCUGGAUCUGCAGCGCAAGGCGGAGAAGAAACCUGGUUCUUUCUUUUGGAUACUUGAUCCCGUGAUGGGCGAUCAGGGACGUAUAUAUGUGAACGAGGACGUUGUCCCUGCGUAUAAGAAAAUCAUACACCAUGCGGAUCUUAUCUUACCCAACCAAUUCGAGGCAGAACUCCUAUCCGGCAUCAAAAUCACUUCUCUCCACACCCUUGCCGAAGCCAUCACCGCCAUCCACAAAACCUACUCAGUCCCCCACAUCAUCGUCACCUCCGUCCAGCUCACCACCCUCUCCCACUCCGCCUCGACUACCGCUCCCCCCUCUACGCUGACCGUCAUCGGCUCCACGACGCGCUCCGACGGCUCUCCGCGCCUCUUCCGCGUCGACGUCCCAGCCCUUGAUUGCUUCUUUAGCGGGACAGGCGACAUGUUCGCCGCUCUGACCGUCGCACGACUCCGCGAGGCUGUCUUCUCCGCUGACCCGGCCCUGCGCCAUACCAAGUCCUGGGUAUCGCCUGACUCAGUACCUGCGACGGAACUGCCGCUCGCGAAAGCCACGGUCAAGGUCCUCGCAAGCAUGCACAGUGUACUGGAGAACACGAUAAGGGCGCGCGAUGAAGAGUUGCGUGCUAGUUCCGCUGAUGCCGAUGAAGAGCCUGUCGAAGAUACCGACGAAGCCAGACAGAAGCGUGAGCAUCUGAGAAGGACGAAAGCCGCGGAGGUACGGCUCGUUAGGAACGUCAAGUUCCUUCGUGAUCCGGUUGUUAGGUUUGAAGUGCAGGCGUGGUCAGAGUAA